AUGGUUCUUCACAUAAACAUUCUGGAGUUACGAGCCGUGUACAACUGCCUUCAACAAGCAACGCAGCUUCUUCAGGACCUGCUCAUACAGAUCCAGUCGGACAAUGUGACAACAGUGGCUCACAUAAACCCUCUGACAGUAGAUACAGAGUUUCCCUGUUCUAUAGAUGCCAUAUGUUUUACACAGAACACAAACCUUAUUACUAAUCAGCCAGCUAAAGCAGAUGAGAGGCCAUUUGCAUGUUCUGAGUGUGGGAAAUGUUUUACAUAUAAAUCUUAUCUUGUUAGACAUGAGAGAAGUCACACAGGUGAGAGGCCAUAUUCCUGUUCUGAGUGUAGGAAAUGUUUUGCAUGUAAAUCAGUUCUUGUUACACAUCAGAGAAGUCACAUAGGUGAGAUGCCAUUUUCCUGUUCUGAGUGUGGGAAAUGUUACACACAGAAAUCAGCUCUUGUUACACAUCAGAGAAGUCACACAGGCGAGAAGCCAUAUUCCUGUUCUGAGUGUCGGAAAUGUUUUGCACGGAAAUCAGCUCUUGUUAUACAUCAGAGAAGUCACACAGAUGAGAAGCCGUAUUCCUGUUCUGAGUGUGGGAAAUGUUUUGCACACAAAUCACAUUUUGUUACACAUCAGAGAAGUCACACAGGUGAGAAGCCGUAUUCCUGUUCUGAGUGUGGGAAAUGUUUUUCAUCGAAACCAGAUCUUGUUAGUCAUCAGAGAAGUCACACAGGUGAGAAGCCAUAUUCCUGUUCUGAGUGUCGGAAAUGUUUUGCACGGAAAUCACAUCUUGUUGUACAUCAGAGAAGUCACACAGGUGAGAAGCCGUAUUCCUGUUCUGAGUGUGGGAAAUGUUUUGCACACAAAUCACAUCUUGUUAUACAUCAGAGAAGAAGUCACACAGGUGAGAAGCCAUUUUCCUGUUCUGCGUGUGGGAAAUGUUUUGUACGGAAAUCAGAUCUUGUUACACAUCAGAAAAGUCACACAGGUGAGAAGCCAUAUUCCUGUUCUGGGUGUGGGAAAUAAACUCUUGAUAGACAUGAGAGAAGUCACACAG